AUGUCCAAAAAAGCAUUGGCCAAAUUGUUUGACUUGGAAUCACAAGAAAGUUGUGGUUCUCCUUUAUUUAUGUCACAGCCCCUUUCCAAGAAUCCACCAACAAUCUCCGGCGAUAGCAACGGCGGCGAUGGUGGGGGGAUUCCGAUAGAAGAGUGGCUGCCGAUCACAGAAUCGAGAAAAGGGAAUGUUUAUACGGCGACGUUUCAUCUUCUCUGUUCGGGACUUGGUUUCCAAGUUCUUCUUCUUCCUGCAGCUUUUGCAGCACUCGGAUGGGUAUGGGGAAUGAUAAUUUUAACGGUGGGAUUUGUAUGGAAGCUCUACACGAUGUGGCUUCUUGUUCAACUUCACGAAGCUGUUCACGGAACACGUUUCAGCAGAUACUUGAGACUCGCAAUUGCUUCAUUCGGUGUGAAGCUUGGGAAACUUCUUGGCAUAUUCCCCGUGAUGUAUCUCUCAGGAGGAGCUUGUUCGAUUCUGGUUAUAACCGGAGGGAAAUCAAUAAAACAACUUCUACACAUAAUGUCUGAAGACGACACAGUGCCACUCACGACCUUGCAUUGCUUCUUGAUCUUUAGCUGCCUCGCGGUGGUCAUGUCUCAGUUUCCAAAUCUAAAUUCUCUUUUUGGACUCUCGUUCAUCGGUGGUGUUAUGGCUGUAGCAUAUUCCUCCGCCAUCUGGAUCUUACCUCUAACUAGCGGUCCGCAAAGGAAUCAAAACAGUGUCACUUACGCUACAACGGAUACAAGCUUCGAUAACAUUUUCAACGCCAUUGGAUUGAUAGCUAUUGCAUUUCGAGGGAACAACCUCGUCCUCGAGAUACAGGGCACUCUUCCUUCCGAUUCAAAAAACCCUUCGAGCAAGACAAUGUGGAGAGCAGUGGUGAUCUCUCAUGUGCUCAUAGCGAGUUGUAUGUUUAUAGUAGCUAUUGUUGUCUACUGGGCAUACGGUGACAAGAUUCCGGCUUCGGGAGGUCCAAUAGGGAAUUACUUGAGUAUUUACGAACAAGACUACUCGAAGCGAGCCGCUUGUUUCAUACACCUCACGUUCAUCUUCAAUUGCUUAUGCUCAUAUCCGAUAAACUUAAUGCCGGCUUGUGACAAUGCAGAGAUGGUAUACACAACCAAGAGACAAAAGCCUUGCUCCAUCUUUGUCCGGAUGAUGUUGCGUGCGUUCUUGGGUUUGGUUUGUUUCUUUGUAGCCGUCGGAUUCUCGUUCUUGCCUUACCUAGCGGUUCUUAUCGGAGCAAUAGGACUACUUGUUACGUUUACGUACCCGUGUUUCAUGUGGAUCUCUAUCAAACAGCCCCAAAGGAAAAGCUCGAUGUGGUUGCUCAACGUUUUGGUGGGUUGCUUAGGUGCUUCUCUUAGCGUUUUGCUUGUGGUUGCCUCGGCUUUGCGUCUAGCUGAUAAGGGUUUACACGCAAACUUCUUCAAACCCUAA